AUGACGCUCAUGGUUACAUUCUGCAAUGCACAAGGAUUACAUUCUGCAACAACUUUGCAAUCCCAACAUGCAAACUCAACCCACAGAAAGCUUUUGCAACAAGCCAGCUGCAGAGCCGAAGAGAUAAGCAUCUCACAGACCCAAAUUCCAGGAACUGGGAUCCCAAAGUACGCAGUAGAGAUUGUGAACACCUGCACUUCUGAUUGUGCUCCUUCACAAAUCCAUGUCCACUGUGGUCAGUUUGCUUCUGCAGAAGUUAUACCCAAAUCCAUCUUCACAAGGAUCGCGGACGAUGAUUGCUUGGUGAUUGGAGGAGAGACGUUGAAGUCGAACGAUGUCAUCAGCUUCACUUACUUCAACACCUUCAAGUUCCCCAUUUCUUUUAAGUCUGCCCAUUUUUGCUGA